AAAGACUAAAAAACAGCUGCGAAGGAGACUAUACUUCACUCUGCCCAUGAAAUGGAAAUUUCUGCAAUAUUGAUGUUUUCUGUGGUAUUUUUCCUUGAAGGAGUGUUCAUCCUUACGGGAAACAUUUUUUCCAUUUUUGUUUUCUGGAAACAUCGAGCUAAACUGAAACGAACUACAUAUCCUCUAGUGAAUUUGGCUGUCGCGGAUAUUCUAGUAGCAGUCGAAAUUUCAUUUCUUGUGUGUAGCGAAAUAAAAUAUCUCGCCACGAAGAGAAUAUCCCAGGAUGAUUGGUUGUUAAUCACGAACUUUGCCUUAGAUGGGUUUUGUGGGGUGGCUUCGUUGCUUAGUUUAUUAGUAAUAGCUUUGGAGCGUCUUUAUGCAGUUCACUGGCCCUUCCGUCACCGCACAUUAAAAACUAGAAGUUAUACAGCCACUAUUUUAUUGAUAUGGAUAAUUGCAGCAGCUUCUGCUUACUUAUACCUGGAGACAAUCUAUAAUUUUUUCCAACUGAAAUUUGUUUGUUCCCUCAUGUUAGUCUUCAUAGUUGGUUCUGCGCUGGUUGUCAUCAUUGUGGCAUGCAAUCUCAUCUAUACGCAAACACGUCGGAAUAAUCCCGAAGGUUUUAAUGAGAGACGAGCUCAGCAGAACAAAAAAUUGACGAAGACAUUGUUUAUCAUCACUGUACUAUCGAUAGUAUGUUGGCUUCCUGGAAUAAUCCUUUCGAUUCGUGUUAACUUCAUUGACGAUUUGAUUACUCUUAAGGUCAUCUUGUUAGUAAAAAUGAUUCAGUUCUUCAAUUGUGGUGUGGACCCGAUAAUCUAUACUUUUCGUAUGCCUCUAGUUAAAACAGAACUCAUGAAAAUAUUUUCUAAAUUCUCGCCCAAGAGGAAACAGAGACAUGAUGCGACUCGUAUACAAGAGAUGGCAGUGGCAACCCUUUGGCGAACAACAGGUGUUGAAAUAAGUUUACAGAAUUUUGAGACAAGGCUGUAAACAGCCCUGAAAAAAUGCAUUUGAGGACCAAGCAUUGGUUUUGGAACUGACAUACGCUAACGAGGAGCACUUAUUGAUUUGUGAUGAAUAUUUUCAGUAAAUUUAACCUAUUUUUUACCGUGG